CUCGUCCGCCCAAGUGGCCCUCCUGUCAAACUCAUAAUCCGAGCGCGAAGAACUUACCAAACUCUCUGGAGAUCAGACAAACACACACAAGUAGCCGUCACUCGGCCUAUUUCACCAUGCCUACCAGCCUCGACCGCUUGGAGAAGCUCUUCUCCCGGAGGAAAGACUUCUCCGUCCAAACGAGCCCAUCAACGCCAACCAUGGAGUCAUCGGGUCCCAGGACCGCAAGUUUAGAUCACAGUUUUCCUCAGCCUUCCUUCAUCCGUCCGCGAGUCUCCCGCAUGAAGGCUAGAGAAGAGCGCAUUGUAGCAUCGCAAAAUGAGAGACGUGCCCAGAGCCUCCCGGAGAAUCAGUCCGAGCGCAUCUCAAUACACAUCUCCCACCUAAGCAGUGCAAGCACGACAACUCUUACUCUUCCAACCCGCUCCAUGUCGCUCAAUCACCGCAGGGAAACUCAGCCCGUGGCAAGUUUGCGUGGAUUCGAUUUUCCUUUUCCUCCCACAUCCCCAUCCCCGGCUUCGCCUUUUAGUGCUACUUUCUCUCCGAAAACUCUCCCCACAACGCAUAAGGUUUCCCUCGAGCACCGCCACAGCUCUGUCAUCAUCCCUCCCAGAGCCGACACCCCACCUACCUCGGACCACGAGGACGACUCAAGCAUAAAGGGAUCCCAGGGCCGGCCAUCUUCUUCUCUCAGCAGAGAUUUGCCGACACCUGCCGCAUCUCCAGAAAUGAAGCCCAUCAACGACAUGAGAUCCCGGGACUCUGCAGAGCUGAGCUUGGCCAAGAGAAAGGCAGCUGCAGCAGCGACAAGACGUCGAAGAGAGGAAAAGGCAGCCGCCUUGCGCCGGCCUCAGGGCCAGUCCAGACCUCACAGGUCCAUCACUUCACCAAGUCAGAUCCUCAAGGGUGGAGAUGUCAUGGAUUUCUUCAACCUCUCUGACGAAGACAUCUUGGAGGAGCCAGAGUUGGAGGAUGCCCCGGACACCCCGAUCAUGCCGGCGCCUUUACGACUACCACCCUCCCCGCCGACCCCAGCCUCUACGGUGUCAUCGGUCGGUUCAAAGCGACGAACCUCAUCUAUUCAUGCUGACGACGUCGCCAAAGAAGGAGCGCUGCAGGUCGCUCAGAUUGCGGCCAAGCACAAGUUUGACCUUGUCUACAUCGUCAACUUGUGGCCCGAAGGAGCGUCAGAGUUGUCGUCACCCACGUUCCGCUCUUCUAUGGAUUUCUCAUCACGACCCUCGAGCAUGAGGAACUCACUUCUUGGGCCCAUGGAUGGACCGAUGGUGGACACAACUCCCGGUAUGACCGGGCGUCUGCUUGCCGCCUACGGCUUGUCAAACCUGACCAGCCCUUUCCGCAUCUCGGCUACUGUUCAGUCCAGAAUCUUGAAGCAGGAGGGCUGGAUGGAAUACCGCAGCGAUGAUGCGCAGGCGGGCGAGAUCGCCCGGGGUUAUGGCCACGCCUUUCACACGGCCACUGGCCGAAGAGGCUCCGCGAACUCGAGUCCCCGAAGCCCGGGACCGCUAGACGUGUCCCAGAACGAUCGCGGCAUUGUCUUCGCCGCCUACCGCUACCCGAGCAAGGACUCCCAAACAACCGGGUGCACCAAGGAGGAGCUCGACGCAUUGCGCGCAGAUGCUGAAGGCCUCGUCGACUACCUUGUCGCCAUUCACAAGGCGCGACGCCUCCGGGAUCCCAUGACACUACAGACGCUGGUCGAUGAGGACGCCACGCCUUAAUCAACGCCAACGCCAGCGCCACACUUUAAACACACCGACACGACCGUUUCUGAUUUAUACCAAACGCGCGAUCAGUGCAACG